CAGGUUGGUUGGAAGAAAACGAAAGUUAUCUAGGAAAUUUUGGGCGUUUGAAAGCGAAACGCUCCUCUCCGACCCCCGCCUUGUGCCGUUUUCGCCCUCCGGAGUGUUGCAGAGGAGUGGCUGGAGAGGGGGAGGUCCCUGCCUAGGUGUUGCUCGUCCAGACCAUGGGGGAUCUGGGGAGACCCGGGUCUCAGAACAGCCCUGAAAAACGAACCUCCGAGUCGAGGGCGUCGGAAGGGCUGCAUCUGCAAGCCGUCGAAGGGUUGUGGGGAGAAGCCCUCUGUGAGAAACAUCGCGAGCCCCUCAAGGUUUUCUGCUGGGAGGACCGCGACCUCAUCUGCUUGGUAUGCGACAAAUCCAAGAAGCACCGAGCCCACCUGGUACUUCCCGCCGAGGAGGCAGCUCAAGAAUACAGGAAAGAGAUCCAGAUCAAGCUACAGAAUCUGAAGCUGGGGAGAAAGGCCAUUGAAGGAUCAAAGCAGACUCAGGAGAAGCAAAGGGCUGCGUAUUUGGAAGACAUCAAAGCACAGAGAAGAAAGAUUGUGCAGGCCUUCCAGGAACUCCGCUCAUUUCUAGAAGAGCAGGAAUGUGGCCUCUUGGCUCGGUUGAGUGACCUGGAGAAGCAAGAGGAUGAAAGUAGCACCAGACUUUCAAACAACAUUUUGCUUCUCAGUGACCUGAUCUGUGACCUGGAGAAGCACUGUCAGAGGCCUGCGGGUGAAUUUUUGCAGAAUCUCAAGGAAACUUUAAGCAGGUGUAAAAAGGGUGAGCUCCUUUGCUUCCAUGAGAAACCUGUUAACCUGGAAAAAGAUCUCAGGGCCAUCUCUCAGCAAAGUGAUCUAUUAAUGGAAAACUUCAAGAAAUUUAGAGAAUCACUGAUGGAUGAAUUGUCAAAAAGCAAGACCAGAGGGCUUAACGCUGUCCUCCUGAGUCAGACUGCUCAGCCCGAUCAGCCCCAAAUCUUCUGGCCACGAUUGUAUAAUGAUGCCGUGAGAGCAGACAAGAAAGUCUCCCCAGUCAGCGUGACCCUAGAUCCACGUACGGCCAAUCCCCAUCUCCUCCUCGGAUCGGAUCGGAAGACAGUCACGCACCUGGAUCACAGGCAGACCUUGCCAGACAAUCCUGAGAGGUUUGAUGCCGAGUUCUUUGUGCUGGGCUGCGAAAGCUUCUGCUCUGGGAAGCACUCCUGGGUGGUGAACGUCGAGCAGGGGCAGAACUGGGCCAUUGGCAUCGCCCGGGAGUCUGUGAGGAGGAAGGGGAGCCUCAGCCUCAGCCCACAGCAAGGCAUUUGGGCAGUACAGCAGUGCUGGGGCCAGCUGCAAGCGCUGACCUCUCGCUGGACUACCCUGUUUCUGCUCAGGAAGCCCAAGAGGAUCAGAGUACAUCUGGAUUAUGAGGGAGGGUGGGUGGCCUUUUUCGAUGCAGAGCUGGAUGCUCCCAUUUUUACUUUUCCGCCCACCUCGUUCAAGCGAGAGAGGAUUCACCCUUGGUUCUGGGUGGCGUCUGGAUCCCAGCUCACCUUGUGCCCCUGAGAUUAUUCCAGGCAUUUGGGAUUUCAGCAAUUUGAGCAGCCUUGUGUAAUAUUGGACGUAAAGCAGCGAUGUGACAAUUGCUUCGGAACCACAUAGGUUUAACUAUGUCAGCAGAGAAAUAAUUAUUUUUUCGAAUUUUUAGUGAGGCAUUAAAGAUCACUGAAAGUGCCACUCAGGGAUAUAUUUUAAUGGAAGGAGUUGCGAUGGUAUAAAAUGGCUUUUAACCAGCUCUGAUGGAAGGGAGGGGGAGGGGGGGAAUGGCGAUUUUAAAAUGCUUACAUAGUUGGACACUUAUCUCCCAGGAGAGUUGUUCUCCCAUGCCACUUCUGUAACAGAGUGCAAAAUAAAAUAAAUGUACUGGAGUGGAUACCUAGUCAAAAUAUAAAACAUGUUUCUAGUCCUCAUGGCUGCGCUAUGGAAAAAUUGUGAGGUGGCACUUUUAAUUUAGAAUCAGACUGAUGGCUACUUGUCUUUUUGGCAAAUCUGAAGUCAAAGCCUUCAACAGAGAAAUUUCUGGGACAUUGUAGAUCAUUUAUAUUCCCAUCUCCCUCUCCUCCUGCAUUGGGGGCAGAAGAGCUUUGUAUCUUGAAACUCCUACACCCUUCCCCAUCCACUCAUUUUCUUCUGCUGUAAAGGCUUCCUAUAUCUAUUCCAGUGCCAAGAUUUCUGUGUGAAGUAAGUUGCAUCUCAAUUUACAACAUAAUUUGCUGUGUUUUUUUUCCACCGUUUCUUAGGGAAGUUAUCUCCACACUGAGUUGGAAAUAACAUGUAAAGUUUAAAAAUGAAUCAUGCAAGCAAAUACAAUCAUAUGUCUAUUUAUGUAAGGCUAUUAUUCCAUUGCACAAUGCGUAUAUUUGGGUUGUACUGUCAUACAUCUGAUUGGAGUUUUCUGGUUGCAAAGUUUAACAUUUUUUGUGACUCAUCUGGCACAAAGACACACUUACUUUAAAACAAAAAUCCAUGUCACUACUGUGAAUAACACCAAAUUGCUUCAAAGCAACUACUUGUGUUUAAUUUUGCAGUGUUGAUUCACUAUUAUUUGAAUGACCAUUUUUGUAUCACUUUCUAAAGGAGUUCUCCUAUAAGACCAAUAAAAAUUCAGAGGCAUUGUCACUGGUUUCAUAUAUCAAGUAAUGAGUAAGAAAGGCUGACUUACCUUAAGUGCAAAAUACAGUGCAAUAGAGUAAGGUUUGGAUUUUGCGACAGAUAAUUUGAUCCAUGAGGUAAAAUCAUAAACGUAUUUAUUCAAAAUAGCAUUUCUCAUUGUAUGUAUGGUUAUUUUAUUGCAUUGUAAAGGCUUUCCAGACUGACUAUUGUCAAGAAAAACACCAUUUAACUGAAACUAUGAUCCAAUUGAUAUUUAAUUGGGCCUAAACAUCUGUUGCAAUUUAAAGACUAAUAUAUUUAUUGCAGCAUAUACUCGUUAUUCCAGAGAUCUGUUUUAUCAAGAACAGGAAGCAGUCAUGGAAGUGGCCCAUAUAGUGUAUAUAGUGAAAUCUUCUGCUGGCAAAAU